CAAUGACACACUGCCCGUAUUUGACCGGAUAUUUUAUAACAUGACGUACUGUCUGUAUUUAAAUAGAAAAGGAAAACGUUUCAAUGAACAAAUGACUUCACGACUGUCGUAUAUUUAGGUGCGUUAGUUAAUGCAAUGAAGGCGUAAUGACUUAUACUUAUUAAAGAACUAUCAUUAAUGAAGUUAGGGGUAUUUAUAAGCAAAUUUUCUGAUAUCAAUCGUCACACCGAAAACUACUUUGGCUAAGAACGUCACGCGAGAAAUAAGGACAAGAUGAUGAACAAAUUCGUAAUCGUAGCUGUAUUGGCCAGCUUAGCCGUGGCGCAUGGAGCGUAUUUUAACAGCUUCAAUGACAAUAUUGUAUCAAUGGAACAAGAAGGAAGGCUUUUAGAAGUUCCGACCAUCGGAGCAUUAGUACUCAAAGUUGUGAAGAUCGGUUGUCAUUUGGUUAAAUCGGCUUGGUCACUCGUUGGAUUGAAAGUGGGUGCUUUAGCGUUAGCAGCGAGUGCAGUGAUCUGGGCUAUCAAGAACGGCUUCUCCUUAGUACUGGGAGCCGUGGCAGCGUUUGGCUUCUGCAAGGUCACCGGCAAAUGCAACCUGGGUCUACUGCCACAAGCAGUCCUUGAUGCAGGAGAGUCACUUGUCUAUGCGGCUAGGCAGCUAGAAGACGGUGCUGCCUUGUACAAUAAUGAAAUCAGCUAUUGAAUUUUUUGACUAUUGACUAUUUAUUUAAUAAAUUAUUGUUAAAAUUAUA